AUACCACUGUUUAACUAUUUACGUAACUGGUGGGUUUAGUAGUCGAACAAAGUGAUCGGCCUUAGAAACUAAACAAACCUGCACAGUUCAUCUGAUGAUGUAUACACGAACCUCUUGAUUAUUCACUCUGCGCCAGUCAGUCAGCGAUCAUUGUUUAAAUUGAGCACAUCGCAUAUUUUGGUUACUUUCUCUGCUUUGUUAAUAACAGAGAGAAAGAAAGAAGUGUUAAGCAAAUAGCAAUAAAUACAUCAGCUUUCGAUAUUCAACAUCCGAUGUAAUAGAAAUUUAUAUCCAUCACUAAUACUGGACUAAGGAAGGAAUAACUUUCCGUCUAAAAUUAUACGUUUCAUCAAAUAAUAUAUUUAUCGUUUUUUUUUUUAAUUGAAAUGUCUGAAAAGCCUAAUGUUAUUAGUCAUAAUAAAAGAUUGACUGAGAAUUUUCUAGAUAAAUACAGACGGCAACCAGGGGAAACCCCGAAAGAUGAAGUGGACGGUUCGAAAGACUGGUGCUACGACUGUUUCGUUCAUUAUGAUAAAAACAAAGACGGAUUUUUGGAUUUGGAUGAAUUUACCGAAAUGCUUAAGGACAUUUUCCCUGAAUCGGACAGCUGUGCAGCUUCUAUAUCCAGAGAAUUGCUAGAACUUUUAGAUGAAGAUGGAGAUCAUCUGUUGGGUAGACAGGAAAAUCGAUGGCAAGUAUGGCUAAACCGAGUAAUAAGACCAAUUUCUGCUAUUUUGAUCAUAGAUGUCCAAAACGAUUUUAUCGACGGAACGUUAUCAUUAAAGAAAUGUCCUGCAGGUCAGAAUGGAGCAGAUGUCGUCCCUGUAAUUAACAAACUUAUUAAGUUGGUAAAAUUUGAUUUGGUGGUGUAUUCAUUGGACUGGCAUGAUGACAAACAUAUAUCUUUUAUCGACAAUCUACGUACAAGAACUUUACACUCCAGCUUUACUCGUUCUGUUGAAGAAAUCCAGUUGUAUGACAAAGUAACUUUUAGCUUGCCAGCAGCUCAGUCUCAGGUACUUUGGCCACGGCAUUGUGUCCGGGGAACUUGGGGUGCCCAAUUACAUCGAGAAUUAUAUGUCGCGCCGGGUUCAGUGCAGGUGUUUAAGGGCACUGACACCGACGUGGACAGCUACUCGGCUUUUUUCGACAACAACAGAGCUUCCCAAACACAGCUGUUUUCCAUCUUGCAGAGCCACAACGUGACCGAUGUUUAUGUCUGCGGAAUUGCCUAUGACGUGUGUGUUAAGUACACAGCCUUAGAUGCCCUUCAUUUGGGCUUUCAGACCCACCUAAUUGACGAUGCAUCCAAAGGAGUUAAACUGGAAGAUAUUGAGACAACUAAAACGGAUUUAGUAGAGAAGGGUUGUUGUUUACUACAAUCUCAACAGAUUUCCGAAAAUUUAUCGAAGGCAUUCCAGAAUAUUGACCGCGGACUAUGGAUUGCUCGGGCACUUUCCAAUGUGUCAUGUGUAUCGUAACGAUAUUGCUGGAACACGUAACGCUGAAAGCUUGAUGAUCCAAGGGAAAUAACUCAAGAACACUGCGGAAAAGCUAAUGAACUUUUUAAUUUUCAUUCUCUGCUUUAGUUCAAUAUCUAUGGACUCGCAACAAAAGAUAUAUUUGAUAUAAUAUUGUUUUGACUACUGUAGAACAAAUUAUAAAAAUGAAGAUAGCUCCUAGCGAGCAGAGUUCGUGACACGAUUUCAAUUCAUAAAAUGAAACCUUUUCAUUUCAUUUUCGCCGUCAAUGAUCUUGGAAAAAUAAGAAAAAUAUGAAACAUCUUAUUUUUUUCCUGCACCAUAACCUGAGAUCUUGUGCCUAGUCAAAAACAAUUCAAUGUUAAUAUAAGCAUUGGAUUCUGCAACUUACAGACAUGAACGAACUUUUAAUUUUAAAUAUUGUAAUUUUUU